UGAGGAAGUAGAUGAACCCGCUUGGCUCUUCUUCCUCUUCGAAUGCGACUUGGUCCCAAUGUUUCGCUCCCUGCUGAAACUCAAGCCUCUCCGAGCAAGUCCAUCACCUCCAUUAACUGUCCACCGCCUCUCGCUCCUCUCUCUCUCCACCGCCUCCUCUUCUCCUCCUCCUCCUCCUCCAAUCGUUGACGCCCUCAUCCGCGCUCAUGGGUUCUCUCCCGAAUCCGCCCUUGCCGUCGCCCACGCCGUCGCCCCUAAGCUCGCUCCCGACGUGGACUCCUGCGUCGCCCUUUUCAAGGACCGCGGCUUCACCCCCUCGAACAUCGCCACCAUCUUGACCAGGUUCCCCGAAGCCCUGCUUUUGAAGGCGAGCAAUCGCCUUGAGCCCAAGCUCGAACUUUUCGAGGGAAACGGCGUCUCGGGUGGAGCCCUAGUUCACGUUCUCGUCAACGACCCUUAUGUUCUUUCGAGGAGCCUGGAAUUGCAGCUCGUUCCCUGCUUCAAUUGCCUCGUCAAGUUCUUCGGGACUAGGGGAGAUGUGGUGUCGCAUUUGUUGCUCAAGCGCGGGACUUGGGUUCUGCGUGCGUUUUCUGAUUCGAUGGAGGCUAAUAUAGAUACUCUUCGGCGGCACGGCGUGCCGGAUUCGAGCAUCGCGAAGAUGAUGAGGCUGCGCCCCAGGACCUUGUCGCGAGACACGGGUCAGUUCUGUGAUAUUGUGGACGAAAUCAAGGGAAUGGGGUUUAACCCUUCCUCCUUGUUGUUCGUUCAUGCGAUCAUUACCAUGGCUGGAAUGAAGCGUCCUAAAUGGGCGGCUAAGAUGGCUGUUCUUAAGAAGUUUGGAUGGUCAGAUGACCAGGUUAAGGCGGCAUUCUUGAAGCAACCCAAUGUUAUGGGUUUGUCUGUGGAGAAGAUGGAGAAGGUAUUGAAUUUUUUCAUGAAGGGGUUAGGGUGGAAAGUAGAUGUCUUGGUCGCGUAUCCCACUAUUUUUAUGUCGAGCUUCGAGAACUCCAUUUUGCCCAGGUUGACCAUUCUUCUCACCUUGGUAUCGGACGGCCUUUUGAAGAGGAAGUUGGUGCCGGCCGGACUUGUGCUGUCUGAAUCUGCGUUCUUGAGCCGGUUUGUGAGGAAGAAUUCGGUCAAGGCACCCCAUAUUUUGUUGAUGUACCAGACUAAAGAAGUUCUGCCACAAUUCAACGUGGUUGGGGAUUUGUCGAAACGGAUGGUAAAGGGUGGUGACCAGUGUUUGUAGCAUCUUCUUACAUGAACUUUGGAGGAGCUCCUUUUUUUUUAUUAUUUAAAUCUAUGGUUUUCUGAAUCUCUUACUGAGAAUUUUGCUUUUGCUGAUCGCUAUUUAAAAGAUUGCAUUUAGGAUCUUGUUUUCCAAGGGGAUGUUCGUGUAGUAUCAUGUGUGCAUUUGCUGAAAGAAAGCACUCCUAAGGGCUUGCGAGGAUUCCUCUUCAACAUUGUCCUGCGCCUGAAGUUUGUGGCAGCAAUUGAGCUGUUGUUAUGAAAGGAGGUUUUAACGUGUGCA